GAUCUCAAUUUAAAACAAACGGCUCAUCAAUCUCUCAAAAUCGUAAAUCCAAUCAACACCGUCCAUCCCAUAUCUGACGUCUCACAACUCCUAAAAACUCCCUUGCAAUUCCCUUUUUUCUAUAAACAGCAAAUAAAAACACACCGCACUUUAAUUCUUUCUCUUCCUCGUUGGCUCAGCCAAGUUCGAGCCUCUUAAAAGUGAAGGAAAGGCUUUUAUUACCACCACAUAAAAUUAGUUAUUACUUUCCUCUAUUAUCAAUGGCCUCUCCAGCCGUACUUCCAAUCUCAAAUCCCCAAUCAACCGGCGAAUCGCAACCGUCCACUACGACAACAUCAUCAUCAUCAUCGCCAUCGCCAUCGCCAUCGCCGUACCUCAAAGUCAGAACCUUCCUCACGCGCCUGCUUGGCUACACGCGCCAGGCGCUCUCGAACCGCCGGCCUUGGAUGGAGCUUGUGGACCGCACCGCGUUUUCGAGACCGGAGUCGCUCACCGAAGCCGCGUCGCGAGUACGCAAGAACUUCUCCUACUUCCGCGUGAACUACCUGACUCUACUCGCGCUCGUAGUCGCGGUCUCACUCCUCUCCCACCCUUUCACCCUCGUAAUCCUCCUCUCCCUCCUCGCCGCCUGGCUCUUCCUCUACUCUUUCCGGCCGUCCGAUCAGCCCCUCGUCAUCAUGGGCCGCACGUUCUCGGACUUCGAAACUCUUAUCUGCUUGAUAACGGUCACGGUGAUCGUGAUCUUUCUCACGAGCGUGGGGUCGUUGCUCAUAACGGCCGGGAUGGUUGGGAUGGGGAUCGUGUGUGCUCACGGCUCGUUUAGGCUUCCUGAGGAUCUGUUUCUCGACGAACAAGAAACGUCGGGUGGUCCUGGCCUCUUCUCGUUCAUUGGUGGCGCUGCCUCCUCCGCCGCCGCAGCUGCUGCAGCUGGGGGACCUAAUAUGAUGUCGCGCGUUUGAACGCCCAGAUCUGCGUUAAUGUUUUGGAUCAGAUCCAGAUCUACUAUACGCGGCAUGAAUUGAACUUUAAAGAGUUCUUUUUUUUUUUUUUUCUUUUUUUAGCACUUGGGUAAUUGUUUUAUUUCUUGAGAAGUUUUUUUUUUUUUUUUUGAAUUUGAAUUUGAAUACAAAUUUGUUAUUGUGCUAAAUUUUAGAUCCCAUACUGUUAUUACAGGUUGUUGUUGUAGUGUAAAGUCUUCUGGAUUUUUUUAUCCAUGCAGUGAGAGAUCAAAUUAAAUAUUUGGAUAGAGAGAAGAGCUUGUAUUAUAGAGGAUCAUAAAUGAAUGAUUAAAGAUUUUUUUCCAA